CUAUGUCACGUUGUUUUACACGAUAACGUUUACAUACAUAAUAUACCUAAAUGUAUAGACACAUGCUAUUGACUGUGCAUUUCGGAACACCUUUAAACUACCAAAUCAUUUGUAGACAAUUCUCUUCCUGUUUCUAUAAAUAAACUAGCCCAGCGAUAGUGUUUUCAAACAGGAAGCACAGGUAUUCUUUAAACAGGGAUGUUUAACGUCAAGUUUUACCUGCCAGGGAAUUCAAUGAAUUUACCUUGAUAUUCGAUUACAGUUGACAUCAUGGCAACAUAUCAGUUCAAGUGCGACCUGGUUGAGAUGAGCGUGAAGGACUUUUACCUUCACUUCAAACAAUGUCUCCCAAAGUUGAUCAUGAUAACACAGGGAUAUUGUGGAGAAGUCGUACUGGAUACAUUUGAUAGAGAACAGGUACUUCGUAUCCAUACUUACUCAAUCCAGAAGAGAGUGAUAGCUAAGAUGUGUGAUGGCUGUCGCCUCCCGGGGGUGGAUGGAACACACCUCAGUAUACCUAUUAACUAUGACGCAAAGUUUUGUGUCAUCAAAGGAGAUAAAGUUCGUAAGGAGGAGACGUUACAAGACAUCGUCAAUAAAUGCAACUUUCCAGUAGAUGUACAGUUUGGGAAGUCAGGGGGAACCACUAUCAAAGUUGGCGAUACGGAUAAAAGUACUCGUCAGACAGGAGGUCAAGCAUUCAGGAUCUCCCUCCUUGAUACGCACGAGGAGUUCUUCCUUCUCGGAAACGCCGUGGCGGGAACAUCUUUAUACGGUAAAGUUACCGUAGUUCCAGUCUACCUGCCAGAUCUGCGUUUGUCUGUUAUUAAUGGCUUUGCAUGUCAACCCCAGGAACGUUUCGACGCCGUCUGUAGGCAAAUGCAUAACCAAGUGAUGAAGAACAUCAGAUUUGAAAACAUUCAUGGAAAUGAAGAUAUUGCUGUGUACUCAGGACACGCCACUAGUCAGGACAUAUAUUCGUAUGCCUCUCCUGUGGAAUAUUGCCAUAUAGAUGAUGGCAUGGAGAAGGGGAGGAAGAAAUCAAAACGUGACGUUUAUACCGAACUAGUCCCAAGGUCACCUGACGACAACGUCUACGACAUAAUACCACAUGAUUCAAAGCUAGAUGAUUCAGUCUACCACGAGCCCGAUCCCAGACACAUGAUUUCUGGAACAACGAUCAAAGCACCGCCGGCUCCAAAACCUAAACCAAUUACAACGCCUAAACCACCAGCACAAAACCCUGUCGUGACACCAAAACCACCAGCACAAAACCCUGUCGUGACACCAAAACCACCAGCACAAAACCCGGUCGUGACACCAAAACCCCAACCACAAUCCCUGCCACGGCACCAAAACCUCCGCGGCCGCUCCCUCCAGAAGAGCCUUUUAUUCCAACAGACGACAAAGAAGAAGAAUCCAAUAAGAAGCCUCCCCCUCCAGUACCAGAACGUCAAUAUUAUCUGCGUCGGAAGAUGUCAGAGUCAAGGGACCCUGAAGGUCAAAAUCCGACCUCUGCAAAUAGAGAUACAGAACAAUUUCUGCCAGAGGAAAGUCCGACAAGGUCGGUACUAAAGAACACAAGUGCCAAUGAUAGUUCCAGUCAAGUUAACGUUGAUGAGCUAUCUGUUGAUGAAUUGUGUCAAUGGAUGGUUAGACUUAAACUUGAAAAAUAUACAGAAAAAUUCAAAGACCAAUUGAUUGACGGAGCAAUACUCCGUGAAUUGGACUCGGAUCUUCUUACAGGAGAAAUCGGUAUGACGAGAAUUGAAGCAAUCAGACUGUUAAAAUUUGCAACAGAAAGCCAUGUUCCAAAGAUUCGGAAUACUUGAACAAAUGGAAAUAUAAUUUCUGCUCACACUUAUUUUGACGAUUUGAGGCAUAUGGCUUAUCAUCCAAGACAACAGAUGAAUGAAAGACGAUGAGCAUGUUUUUCAUCUUCAUGGAAUUAUUUUGCUAUCACUAACAGAGAACUUCUGCAUAUUCCUGUACAUGGGGAAUUUCUAGGCCUGCGAAGUACGUGAAUGUUCGUGCUCAUAUGGUGCCACGUGCAUUUUUACAUUUUCGUAAUGGAAACAAUUCAGAAUGGGAAUUAACCGCUGUGUUGUUACUGUAAUUUAUUAUAAAUUUUAUAUUAAUCGGCAGUGAUUUGUGUUAAGAUAUCAUAAAACAGAAAAAAUGUCAUCUUUCGGUUUGACAGAUUUCAUUGAUCAUCCAAGAUAUACUUUUGUUGAUACAUAUAUAUUGCAAAUGUAUACUAAUUACUUAGUUCUGUAGGUUUUAUAGAUUUCUGUAAAUAGAUUAUUCAUAGUCAUUUGUUCAUGUUUGUAUCCCCGACAUUUCACUUUUUGUCUCAUUGCAAUGCUUUUAUAUGUAAUAUAUUGUAUAUGGUGCUUACUAAUAUAGGAGAUUAGGAGUUCUAGAUAUAUUUCAUAAUAUUGCUGAUUUGUUCAGUGAAAUACCUAAUUACGCAAUAGAUUUUUUGGAUUUUGAGUACCGGAACAAUGCUUUUCCUAUAAGGCUCUCUCAGGUGUUAAUUAAUCACUAUAGUUGGGACUCAUAUAUUUCUAGGUCACCUGAGACGAAGUCUCAAAUGACCUAUUCUAAAAGACAUUUUCGGCUUCUACUCAGGAACCCCUGAACCAAUUUCAAUGGAAUUUUGCAGUAAACCAUCCAUGGCCAAAUGUCAACUAAAAUUGUGAAUUAUAAAUGUUCCACACAUUCCAUGAGGGCUGGAUGAGGGGCUGGACAAAAAGGGGUCAAAUUGACUGAAAUUUCAAAAACCUUAAUAUCCAAAUAAAGUAGAAUAAAAUACUCUUUAUACAUGAAAGGGUUUUAAGGUGCUUUACCAAAAUUGUGAAUUUCAUGACACUGGCCAUGGGGUCUCACUUCGCCACGGGGAAAGGGGUAAACUUUUCUUUUAAGUAUAUAAGGAAAUCACAUUUUUGAGCAAAAUUUGUUUAACUGCCACUGGAAAAAAAUCAAACUUUGGUAGAAUCAUAUAUAUGGGAUGGCAGAUUUACACAUGUUGACUGACCACUAGGGACUGAUUGGCGUGGCCAAAAAGGGUCGAAUUGACUGAAAUAUUUCAGACAUCACGUGACCUUUAAAGCAUCUUACUAAUGAAUUUCAUAAAGCAUAUAUCUAUAUUGGUAUGCCUUUGAUACAUAUCAGAAUAACUCGCUUAAUUAAAGGAAAGGCAAUUUGAAUGUGUGUGUGUAUAUAUAUAUUACAGCUUAUGUGUUGCGUUUAGUACGGUUCAUCGAGAGUUACCGUAAAGAAGCCAGUGGUCCUUUUUUUCAUUAAUAAUGUCCAUGACAUUUGCAGAAAAUGCAACGAUUUGAUAAUUGUUAAUCAAAUUGAUACCCGUUUUUGUACCAUUGAUAAAUAUUUACCGUAAUUGCCUGUGUAUUGCCCGCGGGUUAUAUGAUACAAUUGAAUUGAAUGGCGUUGCUAUCUUGUUUGUGAUUUGUAUAAUCCAUUGAAGGGAGCGGAGAGGUGGUCUCUAGCACUAGCAAUUUCAUACCACAUAUUGAAUACAAUUUUGUAACCUAAUAAAGUUAACGGAUAGAUUGAAAACAAGGACUUAUCGCAUGGUCUUUGAAAUGCCUAUUAAAAAAAAAAUGAAAUUUGUGGGGGAGGGGGGUAAAAUAGGGGCAUGUGUUUAUCAGAUCAGCAUCAGCAUUGGAUAAGUGUAUGUAUGGUUUCUGGUACUUGGUUUGAUGUAUACCAUAGGUAUUUUAAUUUUAUUAUAAAACUGUGAUUUUUUUUCGAUUUAAUAAAGCAAAUAUACAAAAAAGUUACAAAA